AUGGCCGCAACUUCAAACUACGACCUCAACUACGACCACGUCAUGAAGCUUGCUCUCGUCAGCGACAGCGGCGUGGGAAAGAGUUGCCUCCUCGUUGACGGCAAACGGGUCAAGCUCCGGAUAUGGGAUACCGCGGAUCAAGAGAGGUUCAGAUCCAUCACGAGCGCGUAUUACCGUGGAGUCGACGGAAUCCUACUAGUUUACGACGUUACGAGCGAAUCAUCUUUCAACAAUGUUCUGAACUGGAUCCGGACCAUCGAACAGAACGAGGGUUCCGACAAGGUUAAUAAGGUUUUGGUCGGGAAUAAAGCGGAUGUGGACGAAAGACAAAGGGCUGUCUCAACGGCUCAAGGCCAAGCCCUAGCGGAGGAGUACGGUAUCAAAUUCUUUAAGACGAGCGCGAAAACAAAUGUCAAUGUGGAACAAAUGUUCUUUUCGAUAGCUAGGGAUAUUAAGCGAAGGCUCCAUCCGGAACCCAACUCUAGGGUUGAGCGUUCAGUGUUCGAGGACCAACCAGUUGCUCCAAUAUCUGCGUGUUGCGGCUUUUGA